AUGUCCGAGGACUUCGAGGACUAUGAUGACUAUGAUGAUCAUUAUGACUAUGGGUUCGGUGUACACCUCCCAAACACUGAUUUGCGAACCACCCCCCUCCAUGAAGCGGUUCGAAAUAGGGACAUCGCUAGAGUCGAGGAGUUCUUGAGAAACGGGGUAGACGUCGAUGUGCAGGAUGGACAAUGUAUAACCCCCCUUCAGGUUGCUGUGGGUCGAGGCACUGUUGAAGAUGACGGCAUUAUUCGACUCCUAUUCCAAUACGGAGCAGAUGUUACAGGGAGAAAUGGUGUGCAUGGAAAUGCUUUGAACCAUGCCGGUAGCCCAAGGACUAUGGGAAUUCUUUUAGAUCAUGCUUCUGCGCAGGAGGGUUUCAGUCUAACAUCGGCGAAUCGCGCACUAUGUACGGCAUCCGAACACGGCGAUCUGGAAAUGAUUCAACUUCUUUUAGCUCGAGGGGUUAGUCCUAACGCAGCCGGCUCUGAGUAUGGGUCUCCACUCGAAGCAGCAGCACACUAUGGGAGUGAAGAUGCUGUCCAGGCCCUCUUGGAUGCUGGCGCAGAUGUAAAUUUUCAAGGCGGGUAUCCUGGGAAUGCGCUUCAGGCUGCGGCUAGAUAUGGAUACGUGAAUCUAGUGAGGAUCUUGCUUCAGGCUGGUGCUGAUGUAAAUGCCCCCGGGGGUAUACAUGCCAAUGCAUUGACCUCAGCUGUGAAACGAAACCAUCCAUUGGUUGUGGACGUUCUUCUGAAAGCGGGUGCAACACCUAUUGAGGAGAAUGAAAGGUCGCUUUGA